AUGUCGGAUUCCAGAUCGGACGCGGUAGAUUCCAAGCAAUCGACUCCCCUACGACGGGAACGGGCGCCCACCAUCACCAUCGAUACUUCGGCCGUGACCUCGCCCACGGAUCAGGGCGACCAUCCGCCACCGCAGCUUUUGCCCGGCCCGUUGCAGCCUUCACUACACGUCUCCUCUGAAAAUGUCGAUGCAGCCGAUACCAGCGCGCUUCUAAAUAACGGCAGCGUAUCCCCCUCCGAUGGGCGAUCGCCGGGCUCAGUCCGCUCCUUUACCUCGUCUGAGCCCAGGGACCACGAUAGCAGGCCAACUUCCCCACACAACAUCUCUUCUCCGACUUCAAAGAUAACCGAGUCCAUGCCCAACUCCAAUUACCUGGCGGUGCCCGGCACCAGAUCUCGGGGGAAUUCGUUGGAGUCGGAAGAGACCAACCAGUCCACCGUUUCCUAUGGUGGGGACACCUAUGUGCCCACGGCAUCCCAAGGGUCACGUGCGGAUCUGGCGCAUACGCUCAUCGAUGACGGGGACGCUUUAAAACCAGACCCGGGCCGGGAAGAUGAAUUCCAGGUGGAGGACAGCCGGUUCGCUUUUUCCCCAGGCCAGCUGAAUAAAAUGUUGAACCCGAAGAGCCUCGGCGCAUUCCAUGCUUUGGGUGGUCUCCAAGGCCUUGAGAAGGGCCUGCGAACCGACAGUCGCAGUGGCUUGAGCGUGGAUGAAACCCGUUUGCAUGGCACCGUUAGCUUUGAAGAUGCAACGUCGAGGCACCCCGAGGCCCAGGCAAACCCUUCCACGCAGGCUACUCUGAAACGAACGGCCACAAAUCAAACGAAUUCUGCAGACAAACCUUUCUUUGAUCGAAGUCGGAUCUUUGGGUUCAAUAAGCUCCCCGAAAAGAAACCCAAGAGCAUAUUUGAGCUGGCGUGGAUCGCAUACAACGACAAAGUCCUAAUCCUCUUGACGAUUGCGGCGGUCGUCUCGCUCGCGAUCGGUAUCUACCAAUCCGUUACGGCUAAGGGCAACGAGCCUCGAGUGCAGUGGGUUGAAGGAGUGGCCAUUAUAGUGGCCAUCGUGAUCGUGGUGGUCGUGGGUGCAGCCAACGACUGGCAGAAGGAGCGCCAAUUUGUGAAACUGAACAAGAAGAAGGAAGACCGGCUAGUCAAAGUGGUUCGUUCAGGUACUACCAUGGAAUUAUCGGUUCACGACAUCUUUGUCGGUGAUGUCAUCCUUCUUGAACCCGGAGACAUGAUUCCCGUCGAUGGCAUAUUCAUCGAUGGCCACAAUGUCAAGUGCGACGAGUCCUCGGCAACCGGCGAGUCGGACCUGCUCCAUAAAACAGCGGCUCAUGAGGUUUAUCGCGCCAUUGAGCAACAUGAAAGUCUCUCAAAACUGGACCCGUUUAUUGUGUCUGGCGCUAAGGUCUCAGAGGGGGUCGGUACCUUUUUGGCCACUUCGGUUGGGGUCAAUUCGUCUUACGGAAGGACAAUGAUGUCGCUCCAAGACGAGGGACAGACCACCCCUCUGCAAUCAAAAUUGAAUGUUCUUGCCGAAUACAUUGCAAAGCUGGGCCUGGCUGCCGGAUUGCUUCUGUUUAUUGUGCUUUUCAUCAAAUUCUUGGCCCAGUUGAAGAACAUCGAAGGUGCAGAUAAUAAAGGCCAGUCGUUCCUUCAGAUCUUCAUCGUUUCUGUGACCGUCAUUGUGGUCGCGGUCCCCGAAGGGUUGCCUUUGGCUGUUACACUAGCGCUUGCGUUCGCCACGACACGAAUGCUCCGAGACAACAACUUGGUACGACUGCUCCGAGCCUGUGAGACUAUGGGCAAUGCGACAACAAUCUGUUCCGAUAAAACUGGUACCCUCACGGAAAAUAUGAUGACCGCUGUUGCUGCGACUCUGGGAACGACUUUAAAGUUUGGAAGCAAGUCCCACAAAGCAUCGUCGUCGGACGCAUCCUCACAUGGUGAACGAGAAGAUCAGCGUGCUGACGGUUCAUCAAACGCUCUUUCACCCUCGGAAUUUGCCUCCAGCCUGGCGCGCCCAGUCAAGGAAUUAUUGCUCGACUCAAUCGUUCUCAACUCCACCGCGUUUGAAGGGGAACAGGAUGGAACGAUGACGUUUAUCGGGUCCAAGACUGAAACCGCUCUGCUAGGCUUCGCUCGAACCUAUCUGGGGCUGGGAUCGGUCAGCGAGGCGCGGUCGAAUGCCACAAUGGUUCAGAUGGUGCCGUUUGAUUCGGGUCGCAAGUGUAUGGCGGUCGUGUACAAGAUGGGCAAUGGGCAAUACCGAAUGCUGGUGAAGGGUGCGUCAGAAAUCUUAGCCUUGAAGUGCACUCGUAUCAUCCGCGACCCGACACAGGAUACAUCUGAGAUUCCAUUGUCUGACCACGACCGGUCCACAUUGGACAUUAUUAUGGCCCACUAUGCCUCUCAAUCAUUGAGACCUAUUGCGCUAGUGUAUCGCGAUUUCGAGCAAUGGCCACCUCGUGGGGCUCCCACGCAGGAGGAGGACCGUAGCCUGGCGGAAUUCGACCCUAUCUUUAAAGACAUGACUAUGCUUGGUGUAUUCGGAAUCCAGGACCCCCUUCGGCCUGGUGUGACGGAGUCUGUCCACAAAUGUCAAAGCGCAGGGGUCUUUGUUCGAAUGGUCACCGGAGAUAAUAUCAUUACUGCCAAAGCUAUCGCCCAGGAAUGCGGAAUCUUCACACCGGGGGGUGUUGCAAUCGAAGGACCCACGUUUCGCAACCUCAGCAGUCGCCAGAUGACCCAGAUCAUCCCCCGACUUCAGGUACUGGCACGAUCCAGCCCCGAUGACAAAAAGAUUCUCGUCACUCAGCUCAAGAAGUUGGGAGAGACGGUUGCGGUCACCGGUGACGGCACGAAUGACGCUCCGGCCCUCAAGACGGCUGAUGUGGGUUUCUCCAUGGGAAUUUCAGGCACCGAAGUGGCCAAGGAGGCUUCAGAUAUCAUUCUCAUGGACGACAACUUCACCUCGAUUAUCAAAGCCAUGGCCUGGGGACGGACUGUGAACGAUGCGGUCAAAAAGUUUUUGCAGUUCCAAAUCACCGUCAAUAUUACCGCCGUGCUCCUUACGUUUGUCUCUGCAGUGGCCAGCAGCAAUCAGGAAUCAGUCUUGACGGCGGUGCAGCUUCUGUGGGUCAACCUGAUCAUGGACACCUUUGCUGCACUUGCUCUUGCGACUGAUCCUCCGCCCCAUGAUAUCCUCAACCGCAAACCUGAACCGAAAUCCAGCCCGCUCAUUAACCUGACCAUGUGGAAAAUGAUCAUCGGGCAGAGCAUAUACCAACUGGCCGUCACAUUUGCCUUGAACUUUGUCCAUUUGUAUGACGGCCGAGAGCAUCAGACAUUAGUCUUCAACACAUUUGUAUGGAUGCAAAUUUUCAACCAGUGGAACUCCCGCCGGAUUGACAACAAACUCAAUAUUUUCGACGGUAUCUUCAGAAACCGAUGGUUUAUCGGCAUUCAGUUUAUCAUUAUUGGUGGCCAAGUCCUGAUCAUCUUUGUCGGAGGAGAAGCCUUCUCGGUUACCUGGCUGAAUGGUCCUCAGUGGGGAAUCUCUUUAGUUCUUGGGGUGAUCUCGCUCCCCAUUGCGGUGAUCAUCCGCCUGUUCCCCGAUUGGAUUAUUGAAAAUAUGUUACCCAGUUUCCAGAUCCGUAGGAAGAGACCGGAGCUUCUAGUGUCCGACGAGGAUCGACGGUUUGAGUGGAAUCCUGCCCUGGAAGAGAUCCGUGACCAGCUGCGGUUCCUCAAGACUGUCCGUGGAGGACGGUUGAGGCAUCUCAAGCAUAAGUUACAACACCCCGAGGAGUUCCUGCCGAGAUCUCGCAGCGGCUCUCGAUCGCGAGAAAACUCGAUCCCUGGGACCCCCCAGGGCGAAGGGACCAUUACUCCACCGCCGCCCGCUAGCCCUGACUCGCGGUCUCGACGACGGACCCGAUCCCGGUCGAAUUCGACAUUUGGGCCCGCCGCUGCCAUGGCUGGUAUAGUUGCUGGUAGCAUCGCUGGCUGGUCGCCCAUCGAACGGGCACCGUCGGACGGGGAGCCCUUCAAAUACGACACCAGCCCGCACGGAGGCCUGGACAAGCAACAAGGCAUCGAAAUCCAUCCUGAGACUGCGGCGGAUGACCAAAUCGUGGGAGAGUAUCACCUACCGUCGACCACUCCUCCGAGUCAGAACCCCGACCUUCUCCCUUUCUUCGAGUAUGCACCGCCAGAGCGGGCCCUAUCACACCGGAGUAGGAGAUCGACUUCCCGUCUAUCUCGAUCCAGUCAGAGCUAA